AUGCGGGGACAAGAUGCAGAACUAUUGAAAGAAUAUUUCCUAACAGAGCAAGAAAGAGAUCCACCAUUUAUGUUUAAAAUAGAUGCAGAUCAUGAAUGUAAAUUGAAGCGUUGUUUUUGGUCUGAUUCAGUUUGUAGAAGAGCUUACAGAUGUCUUGGUGAUGUAGUGGUAUUUAAUACAACUUACAACACUAAUCAGUAUGGUAUGAUAUUUGCACCUUUGGGAUUUUUACAAGGAUUCAAUCACUGCAUUUGGGAAUCAGAACGUCCGGAAGAGUUUGAAAGAAAAUGGGCUUCUAUCAUCGAAAAGGCGAACCUACAUGACAAUGAAUGGUUAAAGUCAAUAUUUGAACUACGUUCGAGAUGGGUUCCGGCAUAUGUUAAUCAUGUAUUCUCAGCUGGAAUGUCAAGUAGCCAACGUGCAGAAAGCUCUCAUGCAUUUUUCAAGAGGUACAUUUCGAAGAAAAAUUUAUUGAUGGAUUUUAUACUUCGAUUUAAUAAGGCACUUGCACAUCAACGUCACGAAGACUUAAGUACUGAUCGUGUUGAUAUUAAUGAGAAGCCUGUUUUGAAACUAGCAUUGGAAAUGGAGAAGCAAAUGGCUAAGAUAUACACACGCAAGAUUUUUUAUAAGUUUCAAGAUGAGUUGUGGCAUAGCUUAGUAACAGUGCCACAAAUUGUUAGUGAAAAUUAUACACAUAAAAUGUAUACGGUCCAAAGUUGUCCAAAUGGAGGUGUCCCAAGGUUUUGGGAAAUUGCUUACGAUAAAGUUUUGGACUAUGUAUCGUGUAGCUGUAAAAAGUUUGAGAGUGAAGGGAUUCCGCAUAGACAUAUUUUGGCAUUUUUGCGACUCUUUGGUGAUAUUCCUCUGCUGAAUCAAUAUAAUGAAAAUGUGGACUAG